AUGUCUGCUUCCUUCCCUCCGCAGCUGUCCAUGAAGGAGGUCGGAGACGGGCUGCACGAGCAGAUGAACUGCAUGAUGGGCGCCCUGCAGGAGCUGAAACUCCUCCAGGUCCAGACAGCCUUGGAGCAGUUGGACAUCUCAGGGAGCCGAAGCACCGUUUCUGGCACUGAGCAGCACCAGUGCUGCCGGAGCAGGAGAGACGUGCGCAGGGACCGGCACGACGAGCGGCUGCGAGGGCAGGCGUCGGUGGCAGAGCACAGCCCCACAUCCCUGGCGUGUGCCGUGCCACAGCCGGCGGGUUUGUCCCAUCCUGCUGCGCUCCCGGAGAGCGGCCACCUUAGAGACGCCCCCUCCUACAUCAGCAGCCUCUACGAUGAGGACAUUUAUCACCCAAAAGGGCCUUCCUCCGCGUCCAUCAGAGCAGAGCGUGUCCGCCCAAGCACAUUCGAGCCUAGUAGCCAGGGCACAGCUGGGGGAUGGCCAACAUGCCAGGAGUGCCCAGGGUGCGAUGAUGGCCAUGACUGGACAUCCUCCCUCAUGUCCCAGAGCAGGAACCGGCAGCCGCUGGUCUUGGGGGAUAACAUCUUUGCAGACUUGGUUGGGAACUGGUUGGAUCUGCCGGAGCUGGAUAAGAAGGGGGAGAAGAGCGAGGCGUCCCUGUCCAUGAGCAGAUCCCAGGAGCUCUGCAGGAAGUUCUCCCUCACAGCCAACAUCUUCAAGAAGUUCCUGAGGAGCGUUCGGCCAGACCGAGACAGGCUUCUCAAGGAGAAACCUUGCUGGCUUCCACCUGAAGACAAACAGCCUGAAAUUUCUAAGAGAUCCAAAAAGAUGAACAAACUCAAGGGGACAUUUUACUUCCCACUUCAUGGGAACAUCCAGAACCAUCACAGCAAAGCGGAGAGGUGCCCAAAGGCAGAAAGCAAUAGCGAGAAACCCAAAAGUGGCACCAAGAAAGUCCACGGUACCAUAGACUACACCCAGUCUGGGUUUGACAUCAAUACAGCUGUUUGGGUCUGA